UAGAGCAGCACGAGCACCUUCUCUACUGUGUUCAUCAACCAGGACGAAAAUGGCAGGAGCAGAAGGCGACGAUUCGCUUUAUCCCAUCGCUGUUUUAAUCGACGAGCUGAGGAAUGAUGAUGUUCAGCUGCGGUUGAACAGUAUUAAGAAGUUGUCCACUAUUGCUUUGGCUCUGGGUGUGGAGAGAACACGAACUGAACUGCUGCCUUUCCUCACCGACACCAUCUAUGAUGAGGAUGAAGUACUUCUUGCCUUGGCUGAGCAGCUCGGGAGCUUUACUGUGCUGGUCGGAGGCCCAGAGUUUGUGCACUGCCUCUUGCCUCCUUUGGAGAGUUUGGCCACUGUGGAGGAAACUGUAGUGCGGGACAAAGCUGUGGAUUCUCUGCGUAAGAUCUCUCAGGAACAUUCCCCUGUAGACCUGGAGGUGCAUUUCGUGCCACUUGUUAAGCGUUUGGCCAGCGGAGACUGGUUCACCUCCCGAACAUCUGCCUGCGGUCUGUUUAGCGUCUGCUACCCUCGUGUGUCCAACACUGUUAAAGCGGAAAUCCGCCAGCACUUCCGCACUCUAUGCUCGGACGACACUCCCAUGGUGAGACGUGCUGCUGCCUCUAAGCUUGGCGAGUUUGCGAAAGUUUUGGAGCUGGAUUAUGUUAAGAGUGACAUCAUUCCUCUUUUUACAGCAUUAGCAUCUGAUGAACAGGACUCCGUGCGGCUCCUGGCAGUAGAGGCUGGUGUUAGCAUUGCCACCCUGCUACCCCAAGAAGAAUUGGAGUCUCUAGUCAUGCCCACUCUCCGUCAAGCUGCAGAGGACAAAUCUUGGAGGGUGCGCUACAUGGUGGCAGACAAGUUUUCAGAAUUGCAAAAAGCAGUUGGCCCAGAGAUCACCAAGAACGAUCUUGUCCCGGCAUUCCAGAAUUUGUUGAAAGACUGUGAGGCUGAGGUCCGGGCUGCUGCAGCCAACAAGGUGAAAGUGUUCUGUGAAAAUUUGCCUGAAGACAGCAGGGAGACCAUCAUUAUGACUCAUAUUCUGCCAUGCGUCAAGGAGCUGGUGUCUGACACAAACCAGCAUGUGAAGUCUGCCCUGGCAUCUGUCAUCAUGGGUCUCUCUACCAUUUUGGGAAAGGACAACACUGUAGAACAUCUGUUGCCUCUUUUCCUGGCCCAACUGAAGGACGAGUGUCCUGAGGUGCGAUUGAACAUCAUCUCUAAUCUGGACUGUGUGAAUGAGGUGAUCGGGAUCCGGCAGCUCUCUCAAUCCCUGCUGCCGGCUAUAGUGGAACUGGCUGAGGAUGCCAAAUGGAGAGUUCGACUGGCCAUCAUAGAGUACAUGCCCUUGCUGGCAGGCCAACUGGGAGUGGAGUUCUUUGAUGAGAAGUUGAAUUCCUUGUGUAUGGCAUGGCUCAUUGAUCACGUGUAUGCCAUCCGAGAGGCUGCCACCUGUAAUCUGAUGAAGCUGGUUGAAAAGUUUGGAGCAGAGUGGGCCCAGAACACCAUCGUGCCCAAAGUGCUUGGCAUGGCCAACGAUCCCAACUACCUUCACAGGAUGACCACUCUUUUCUGCAUCAAUGCUCUGUCUGAAGCAUGCGGAGAGGAGAUCACCACAAAGCACAUGUUGCCUGUUGUCCUCAAGAUGGCCAAUGAUCAAGUGGCCAAUGUGCGCUUCAACGUGGCCAAAAGCUUACAGAAAAUUGGACCAGUCCUGGAAAACAGUGCAUUACAAGCAGAGGUCAAACCAGCACUGGAGAAACUAGCCACAGACCAAGAUAUGGAUGUGAAAUACUUUGCUCAGGAGGCUAUAAGUGUUCUUGCCUUGGCCUGAUAGACUUGCUCUCCACACCAUUUGAAAACUGACAACACAAAACUUGUUGCAUUCUAUUUAUUGUUCAUUUUGAAUGGUUAAGUAUCAUCAGUGUAUUAUUGUGUACUCAAAGAUAUUGAAUGAUCAAAGGAUGGACUUGUGUCAAGUAGUACCUCUCAUAUUGUACGUAAAUCUGCCUCAAACAUGCUUUUGCCACAACUCCUCUCUGCAUCCUCAAACUGUUUGCGCACAGCUCUUCAGAUGCUCAAAGAUCACCCCUGCAAGCCAUUCCAGCGCAGUCGUAUCAUAAUCGGUACAUGCCUACUUCAGCAUGCCAUUGCUUUUCUUUAGACUAGAGCUCAUCCUGCCAGUAGCAGAUGGAACAAAAUGCCUGUUCAGUUGCUUUAGUAGAUUUGCAAGUGCACGGUGCAUUGUUUACAUGUAUUCCCACUCCAGGGAAAAUUUCUCAUGUGCUCACACGGUUUAACCGCAGAGUCCUCUGUGUACGCAGGGCAAGUAGUCUUCUAAACACAUGGUUAGAUUGCGUUCUCUCUUAAAAUAUAAUUGACAUAAUAAAGUCACACUUUGUUACUUUGAGCAUUUUUCAAUAUGAUUGAGUCUUAAACAGCUCACACUUAAUUCAAUUUAGUCUCACCUGCAUUUUUGCAGGAUCAGUUGAAGCCCCUCUUUACACUUUCUCGAAGAUCUUGUUUGAAAUUCUGUGCCAAUAAUGUCUAGUUAUAACUCAAAUUUGUCAUUUUGUAAGUUUUCACAAAUUUCUUGUAGUGAACAUAAAAAAUGGUAGGAUUGUUGCAUGGUUGUCAUUAAAUGAUUUAGCCUGCCAGAGGAACGCUCUCUUUUGUAGAAGGUGAUAAACUGAAUUCAGCAAUAUUCAUUAAUACAAGCAACAUGCACCGACUGCAUUCUGAGGACACUCCUUUGUUCAUGUUCAGUAUCAUGAGGAUGUUUUUUGUUUUAACUCCAUUGGGUCAUUAGUGUACUUUUGGGAAUUUAAUAAAACCAUUUGAAC